AUGUCUGAAGCUUCAAGCGACUUAGUGGAACCACCAAUCAAGAGACUGAAAAAAGACUCAAUCACAUCAUCAGACAAAUUUGCGACACCAACUAACGAUUCAUCGGCUAUGUCGAGUUCCAUCUCUCAAUCUACAGAUACGCCAUUGACUUUCGAAGAAAAAACAAUCGCAGCAAGAAGUGUAAUACAAGAGCGCCGCUUGGUAUUUAGCCGUGAACGAGUUAACCUUGAGUCUCAUCAGUUAAUCUGGUUUGAUACAAAUGUCAACUCCCUCACAACCUCCGAGCGUGCCUUUAUAGUUGAUCGACUCAGAAAAGUUGUUGACUACACAAAAUUGUUUGACAAUUGUAAAGAUUGUCGAGAGUUUAUUGAAUCUACAAAAGGCGUUGUUACGUUCGUCGUUUUUUCGGUGACAAUUCGUAUCACUCACGAUUGGCAUCCACCAAUACUAAACGAAGUUGGUAGACAGAAUAAUACAGCAGAGAACUACGUUCUAGGAUGGUGGCGACAUUUCGUUAUAAUGCUGUGUCAUUUGCCAUAUCCAGAAGGCGCUCGGGAAACACUCACUAUUGCCUUAAGACAAUAUUAUCAAGAUAUGGACGCGAAAUUGAGAGCAAUAGAUGAGUUUGAGAGAACUUACACUCCAGGAAAAGCUGUUUGGUGGUAUACGCGUGACACAUUUCUCUAUCGUCUUUUAAACAAAGCACUUCGUCAACAUAAUAUCGAAGUGAUGUUUCUUUUUGGCUUCUAUAUCAAAGACAUAUACCAUCAACUGAAAAAUGAACACCGAGAGUUUAAGAACAGUCAUUCGGACCAACCAAUAGUUACAGCUUAUCGAGGACAGCUUAUGUCAUCGGAGGAGAUAGAAAAAAUUCAGAUGUUUUCCACCACCGGAAUCGUCAUUAACAGUUUCUUUUCGACAACUCUUGAUCGCCAAGUAGCAAAGUUUCAAUUAGAUCCAACAGUGCAAGGCGACAACCAGUUGAAAAGCGUUUUGUUAGAAAUUGAACUCGAUAUUCGAAAUCAGUCUCUUCCCUAUGGUGAUAUUUCGAGUUUGUCGUCUUUCUCAAGCGAACAAGAAAUCCUACUGAUGAUAGGUACGCAUUUAGAAACUGUUGAAGUAACUCACGAUAAAGAUAAAGACAUAUAUUCAGUUAAGUUGACACUAACUGACGACCUCUCACUAACGGAAGAUGGGGACUUAAAUGUCACAACAAUGAAAGCAACAGUGAAUAGUUGCCUUAAGCAAGCAGCAAAUGAACUUUGUAAAGCGACAUUAGAAGAGAUAAAGACUAUUUUCAUCGAGCUGAGCGAACUAUACCCAAGUGAAAAGAGUUGGCUUGUGGCAGUUAAACACUACUUUAUGGGUGCACAUUACAGAUUAUGGGAGCGAGUAGAAGGAGAAGAUGAAAAAGAAGAAAAUGAAGAGAAAGAGCUGUUAGCAGAAAAUAAUAUGUAA